CGGGAGCAGGACUGGAAGUGCAGCAGCCCAUAUGCACGUCCGUCUGCCCAAAGCCUUCCCUCCUUGAUAAGGAUGGUACAGGCUGUGCUGAGCUGCACCUCGAUAAAUAUCAAACAAUUCUCUCCCUCCCAAGAGGGGCAGCUGCCUUCUGCAGCAUCCAAGGGCUGAGGACAAGCAGCUGAAGUCAUUCUGCUCUCCUUGGAGCCACGGCAGAGCCAGGGCAGUGCAGGCACCCCCACAGGUUCCUGUAAAUAGAAGAGGAAAGGAAAUUAACCGAGGAACCAGCGAAGCUCAUCUCACUUCUCAGAACUGAUUCUCUGACCUUUUUUACUAUCUGUGUGCCACCCCCCCCGAAAGAUCUGCUUUUCAUCUGCACCAUUCCAACCUGCUGCAACAGAGGAAGUCCCCGAAGCUUUCGGAGCCCUUUUAGGAGAAUCCACCCCUGCAGCCAGACGCCGAGCUCGGUUCCUGUGCUAAAGACAUGAAGCACCGUCUGGGCUUCUUGCUGCAGAAGUCAGACUCCUGUGACUACAGCUCUUCCCAGGGCAAGAAGGAGAAGAUAUCCUCAAGCCAGAGGCUCAGCCAAGAGGAAGUCAGGAAAUGGGCAGACUCCUUGGAAAAUCUGAUCCAUCACGACAGAGGACUGGCUGCUUUCCGUGCUUUUCUCAAGUCUGAGUACAGUGAGGAAAACAUCGAGUUCUGGGUCAGCUGCGAGGAGUACAAGAAAACCAAGUCACCAGCCAAGCUCAGCCCCAAGGCCAGGAAGAUCUAUGAUGAGUUCAUCUCAGUGCAGGCCACAAAAGAGGUGAAUUUGGAUUCAUGCACAAGGGAGAAGACAAGCCACAACAUGCUGGAGCCCACACUGUCCUGCUUUGAUGAGGCUCAGAGGAAAAUAUUCACCCUCAUGGAGAAGGAUUCUUACCGCCGCUUCCUCAAGUCCCCGUACUACCUGGACUUGGUCAGCCCGCCUGGUGCUGGCUGUGGGCCCGAAAACUGCAAAAGGAACCACGCCCACAGCUUAGACUGCAACUCCAACAUCAUCUCUCAGUGUGCCUGAGCCUGCAGCACGGCGCGGCCGGGCUCAGAACACACGGCAGCAAAAGCACCCAUUGGCAUGAAGCAACAGAGCUGUCUCCAGUAGCUGUCUAAUGUCCCAGUCGUGUCCCAUGUCAUGCAACAGCCAGCAUUUGUAACCCAUCCGGGCUCAGUGUGUGCAGCAAACCCUCCUCUGAUGGGUCGGGGCAGGAGCUGGGGGCUGUGUCUGGCACAGAGCUGGGGGCAGGAGUGUCCAGCAGGAAUUGGGGGCUGUGUCCAGCAGGAGCUGAGAGUAGUGUCCAGCAGGAGCUGGGGGCUAUGUCUGGCACAGGAACUGGGGGCUGUGUCUGGCACAGGAUGUGGGGGCAGGAGUGUCCAGCAGGAGCUGGGGGCAGUGUCCAGCAGGAGCUGGGGGUUGUGUCUGGC